AUGACUACACAAGCAGCGCCCGCCAUUCCGCCGCGGCCGUCGAGGUCUCCCCAGCAGGGUCUGGCCCCCGCCUCAGCAGAAGGCCCCCAGAUUCCUCCUCGUCCGUCCCACCGUGCAGAGCGCUCAGUGUCUCCCUUUCGCAAUAGCUACGCACCGUCUCCUCUGAAUGAUUUGCCCAACGGAUGGGGCCUGAAACGACCCACGUCGAAUGACCUGCCCCAGCGACCCCCGAGUGUUACGAUACCUACGCUUGGUGAGGAGGGCAUCGAAUACCAGGACUUGGAUGUGGCCAAUGUGCCCGAUAACCAACAGACCACACCGCCUGAGACUCGGAAUGUGGGAAGUGAUCUCAAGCUUCAUGCGCCAAGACCAUCAUUGCCCACUUCUAGCGCCAAGGCCCGAGUGCAGGCCGUGACACGGACGGAUUCCCGUCAGGCUGCAGCAGCAGGCCUGGGGCGGGCUCCGUCUCCUUCGACUGAUGACCAUUCCGAGCGGCCGACCCGCUCGCUACACUCGCGAGCCAGCGGCUCACGGGGUGACUCCUCUGCCGUGUCCGCAGAUCGUCGGCAGUCGUUUCACGGAGAGGAACAUGGCAUACCGGAGAUUGGACAGAGAGUCCCUAUGUACCCCAAUGCAGGCGAUGUGCAAGCUCCCUCUCCGAGCCCUUACUUGGCCGAGCCCCAGGAGAAGCGUUCUGGUCGUAAUCAUCACCGCACUCGCAGUGGCCGUGAGGCCUCUCUGCCUCCUGGAAGCUACGGUCUGCAUGGUCAUGGUGUUCCUUCCAACGACAAGUUUGAAAAGGCUUGGUAUGAGAAGCACCCUGAUGAGUUCGUUCGAGAGGAGCAAGGCCAAUAUGGCCCGGGUGUUGGUACGCCGCGGCCCGACUGGGCCCUGAGCAGUGACGAUUUGAACAAGAUUGUUCGUGGUUCUGCAGUGACUGGUUCUGGUCUAGGCACAUCCCCCGCUCUGACCGGUACUCCCGAUGAAGAGGUCGGCUACAUUGCCUCAGACGAGUACACGCACCAGCUGGCUUCACCUGGAAUCGAUUCGCGUCGUAGUUCCCGUCUCGCUGUCGAGUCACCUUUGCGCAAUUCCAGUUUCCCGGCUACUGAUUCACAAGCCCAGCCUGAAAGUGCAAUAGAACAGGAAACCGAUGAGAAGUCGGUCGAAUCCCGUGUGAUUCAUGUCGACGAACCGUACCACCAGCUGCAUCAUCCGGAUGGUUACGCUCAGACUCCAGGCCCCGAGGAGCUCACCCACAACCUGGAUCACGAGGAAGUGAAGGAAGAGCCGAUUCUGGCAGCCGACACAGUUCGCCCGGAGUCGGCAUUCCAACAUCCGGCUGUCUCACCAGCAUUUGGCCGAAAUGGCAGCGUAGACUAUGAAGGACGAAGCCGCACCCCAAGCGUGACCCACAGCCGCUCCAACAGCAGGACUGCUAGUAUCCAUAACGGCAUGCCCGCGCUAGCAAGAUACAACUCGCGCGACGAGCACGAAGGCACACAUACCCCGCUUGAGGAUGUCGAGGAAUACGAGCCUCUCUUUCCCGAGGAUGACAACAAGGAUCAGAAACCCCUCACUCCAGCAGAACGCUUCAAGCAGCGCCCGGAACAGCUUAAGCACCGCUUCCCAAGCCAGGAUAUUUGGGAGGAUUCGCCCAACAGCUUACAACUAUCCGCUACUGUAUCUACGCCAGACAUCCCCAAGGAGGAAGCCUUUGAGACCCCCGAGCAAGAGUCGAAUCGCAAGAGCCAGGCGCCUCAGAUUGACGCCCACAAGGUUGCUUCGCACAUUCUGGGUACGGAUGACCGGGAAGGAAGACCCGCACGCCCCGAGAUUUCCAAGCAGCGAUUCCCCAGCCGAGAUAUUUGGGAAGAUGCGCCCGAAAGUCAUACGCUGGUGACGACAGUUCAGCCAGCCGAUGACGAGGUCAAGAGCCCAGAAGUUCCUUCAAAGCCUAGCAUUCCCCUUCGUCCGCAGAAACGGCCGCAACAGGCUUCCUCUGUGGAUGCCUCCUCGAAACCUGUGACUUCGCCCACAGACAAACGACAGCCGCCUCUAAUCCCCGACAGACCCAAGCCACAAAUCCCGGCUCGGCCUUCUAAGCCUAUUCCUCGCGGCAGCAAUGAACAGGGCAAGGACCUGGACGUAAAGCCCAAGCCAGCCGUCCCUGCACGGCCCGGAGGAAGUAAGAUUGCCGCUCUGAAAGCCGGGUUCCUGUCCGACCUGAAUUCGCGUCUUCAAAUGGGCCCGCCACCGCCCCCGAAACCGCAGGUUAAAGAAGACAAGGAGGAGCUCGUCAAGAAGUUACCACUCAGCGAUGCCCGCAAGGGCCGAGCUCGUGGGCCCGCCAGGAGAAGGCCCGCCAUCCUCCAUCCAGAACUCCCGACCAUCCCGGAGGUCAAGAUUACGGAGACCUGGAAUGUCUGGCAAAUAGACGAAGAUGGAACCUUGACCGUUGGUGAUGAGAAGCCGGCCAAAGCCCCGUCCCCGGCUGAGGCAACCGCCCCGGAACCCAUGGCCCCUCCCAUUGCCAAGAACCUUGCUGGUGAAUCGGCCGAACCGCAGGCUCCAACUCCCGCCACUGAGAAGGAAGAGGUCCCAAAAGACGAGCCGUCCGCACCCGUGCCCGUACCUGAACCGACAUUCACCCAAGCGAAGCACUCCAUCCCCCUGGCCGACGACAACAACCUAGCUGCACCGGCUCCUGCUGUCGCGCCGGUCACCACGGACGAUCUCUCCGCAGGGAAACCGACCAUCAUGUCUCCGCCGGAUGGAUCGCCUAUCGAUGACAUUGCCGCGCAACUGUCUGCUUCUGCUGACGGGAAGCGGCCUUCCGAGGGCGACAUAGGCGAGACCAUCAACUAA